ACCGGGAAUGCACUUUGUAUGUGCACUCUUCUUUCACACUUUCACACUGCACUAGAAAUUUCCAAAAUUAGUCAGUUAAUUCAAAAUGUUGCGACGAACUUCCCUUGGGGAACAGGAAGUGGUCAACUUCAUCAUUCACAAAUGUAAGGAGGCCGAGGUCACAAAUCCUUACGAGGCGAAAGCUUGGCUUCUUACCGGAAGUCGGCUAACUUCGACAGCUAAUUUUCUCCUACAGUACGAAGCUUACCAAUUAGAGAAGCGACUUAAAAAUGUGGACGGCACGGCAUACGCUUUCGAUCAAUUGUUUCGUAAGUUUGGGAACCACAUUAAAGAGGAUAUCAGCGAAAUGACGAAUGCCGUCAGAAUUUCCACGCUGUCAAAAGGAAAAGAAACACUGGAUCAGCAAUUUCUAAAUAGCGUGUUUCAAUCAUUGUCCAAAGAAACUCAAAUGGAAAUUCUAAUCCAAUGCACGGAAUUUGCUCAUAUUUUGUUUGACAAGUGUCAGACCAUGCUUCUUCUUGUGAAAUUAUUUCCUGACACGAUAAAUCAAAAGAAUGGGGAAAUGCUGUUCACAUUAUUAUCUUCAUCGGAUGAAUCAGAUGCAUUUUCCACAUUUCGAAAAAUGCUCGUCGUAGAAUUGGUGCCUGCUGUUUUGCAAUUGAGUCCAAAUUUGACCCCGUCUCCCCGUUUCGUAAUACUUUUGAAUCAAUGUAUCGAGUAUUAUGUGAUUGCACAACAGCACAGUGACACCUUGGGGGAUGACAGAUGGGAAAAAUUGUUUCAAAUCACUGAUCAAAUUGGGGGAGCAUUACAGUGGAGCAUAUCUCCAUUUUUUCAAAGCGUUUCUCAUUCAUCAUCAGGAACAAAUAGUUUGGAAUCUUUAUAUCAAGCACUACAACUUGGAUUUCAACAUAGAAAUCAUUAUUCCACCACGGAAUUGGCGUAUAUUACCGUUGUCGUUUUCCUCCGGUGUAUUGUGGAGUAUUACGAAUUACUUAGAAAUAGUUCUACGUUUGGAGGAAAAGCAAAGCUCGUUCUGGUCGAAGUAUUUUCACCACGACCCCAUAUGAAUAUAAAUAUAGACCCAAAUCUGCCCAUUUUGGCCAGUGUGUCCCCCUCAGUUAGUGGAAAUCAGAGUCAAAUCAUUCAACACUUGUUGACUUCUAUCAAAAUUUGGGAGAUGGUCAGUACCCUGAAAGGCGAACACAUUGAGAAAGAAUUUUUUGAGAUAUUGUACUCCAUGAAAUCUCUUAAUCUUCACAACUGGGAUGUUUUUAAAGAGUUCCAAUCAGAUUAUUCAACCUAUUGUGGGCAAUAUUUUCAACAGAAUGUUGGGAAUAUGCAAAGUUCACUCAAAAUCGCGUCCAUGUAUUGUUCGUUGAACAAUUUUAAGUCGGCUGCAGAGUUCUGUAUUAAAAGUGUGGCUGAAGCUGUUCAAAAAGAUGGCGAUUUUGGAAACGGAAGCAGAGAAGACUUUAGUUUUUACAACCCACAGGUUUACAACACUGACAUAAAAGGAAACUUCAUUUUUCAAAGGAGGGUCCAUUUCCUUUCUGAUAAUCGAGCAGAAGUCUUAGGAUAUGCUGCCAAUAUUCUUAUUCGUUGUUUUCACGAGUCGAUCGAUGCUGCCAAGGAUGAUAGAUGCAUUGGUCAUUUGCUAAUAUUGCUACAACUUGAAUGGCCUUCUGGCCCUGCGGAACUAAUUUUUACCCAUAUUUUGGAAACGAUAAAACGAAACGGCUCCUUCCGAUAUUUCCCAUUCUUCUCUGAAUUUGUUAUCGAGCCCGAUUUUCUCGAGACAUUCAUGUCUAUUUCUAACCAUCAAAAUAAAGCUGUUAAAUUGGAGUUAUUUCCAGCUGCGGCAUCAUCAUCUGGAAGGCGAAUUGGUACUAGAGGAGUCGAGAAAGGAUCCAAGACUGAAUUCAGAAGUUCUAUGAAACGACAAAUGAUGAAAAAUGGAAGCCAAAAUUUGGAAAGUUUAAUAGCUAGGUUUUUAAACGAAAAUGAAAUAGAUAUUUUAAAUUGUUUUGAUGAUUACUAAACACUUGUAUAAUUGUUAAAGGUAAUGUGUAAUGAAAAACGUGUUUAAAAAAAGUGAAAAAAGUGUGAAAAAAGUAUUUUAUUUAGUAAGACAAAAUGCACAAUUUUAAGUAAUUUAUUUCACUAAAUUUUUACUGAGAUAAUUGUGACUUGGGUACAAAUUUUUAAUUAAUAAACAGAUUAUAAUUAUGUAAA